CAAACCCAGAGACAUGGCGACUAACGGGACCAAGAUUGCAGAUGGGCAGAUUUCCACUGAGGUCAGUGAGGCCUCCAUCACCAACGACAAGCCCAAGACAUUGGUGGUGAAAGUGCAGAAGAAGUCGACUGACCUUCCUGAUCGAGACACCUGGAAAGGCCGAUUUGACUUCCUCAUGUCCUGUGUGGGCUAUGCCAUAGGACUGGGGAAUGUGUGGCGCUUUCCCUAUCUCUGUGGAAAGAAUGGUGGGGGGGCUUUUCUGAUCCCUUACUUCCUAACUCUUAUCUUCGCUGGAGUCCCUCUCUUCCUUCUGGAGUGUUCCCUGGGCCAGUACACAUCGAUUGGAGGCCUGGGGGUUUGGAAGCUUGCUCCAAUGUUCAAGGGCGUGGGGCUGGCUGCUGCUGUGUUAUCCUUUUGGCUAAAUAUCUACUACAUUGUCAUCAUCUCUUGGGCCAUCUAUUACCUGUACAACUCGUUCACCACAACACUUCCCUGGAGACACUGUGAAAAUUCCUGGAACACAGACCGCUGCUUCUCCAACUACAGCAUCGCUAACACCACCAACAUGACCAGCGCUGUGGUGGAAUUCUGGGAGCGCAAUAUGCAUCAGAUGACAGAUGGAUUGGAGAAGCCAGGACAGAUCCGAUGGCCACUCGCUAUCACCCUGGCCAUUGCUUGGAUCUUGGUAUAUUUCUGUAUCUGGAAAGGUGUUGGCUGGACUGGAAAGGUGGUCUACUUCUCUGCCACAUACCCGUACAUCAUGCUCAUCAUUCUGUUCUUCCGAGGAGUGACACUGCCUGGGGCCAGGGAGGGCAUCCUUUUCUACAUCACUCCCAACUUUGGCAAACUGUCUGACUCAGAGGUGUGGCUGGAUGCAGCAACCCAGAUCUUCUUUUCCUAUGGUCUGGGUCUUGGAUCCCUGAUUGCACUGGGGAGUUACAACCCUUUCCACAACAAUGUCUACAGGGAUUCCAUCAUCGUUUGCUGUAUCAAUUCUUGCACCAGCAUGUUUGCUGGCUUCGUCAUCUUCUCCAUUGUGGGCUUUAUGGCAAAUGUGACCAAGAGGCCAAUUGCUGAUGUUGCAGCUUCAGGUCCGGGACUGGCAUUCUUGGCAUAUCCAGAAGCAGUAACCCAGCUGCCCAUUUCCCCACUGUGGGCCAUUCUCUUCUUCUCCAUGCUGCUCAUGCUGGGCAUUGACAGUCAGUUCUGCACUGUGGAAGGGUUCAUCACAGCCCUGGUUGAUGAAUUCCCAAGAUUGCUUCGCAGCCGAAGAGAGCUCUUCAUUGCCAUUGUAUGCAUUGUCUCCUACCUGAUUGGCCUUUCCAACAUCACUCAGGGUGGGAUUUACGUGUUUAAGCUUUUCGACUAUUACUCAGCAAGUGGAAUGAGCCUCCUCUUCCUGGUGUUCUUUGAAUGUGUUUCUAUCUCCUGGUGCUAUGGGGUCAACCGGUUUUAUGACAACAUCCAGGAGAUGGUUGGCUCCCGGCCCUGCAUCUGGUGGAAACUCUGCUGGUCCUUCUUUACUCCAAUCAUUGUGGCGGGUGUGUUCAUUUUCAGCGCAGUACAGAUGACUCCACUCACCAUGGGCAACUAUGUGUUCCCCAAGUGGGGGCAGGGUGUGGGCUGGUUCAUGGCCCUGUCUUCUAUGGUCCUUAUUCCUGGCUACAUGGCUUACAUGUUCCUGACCUUAAAGGGCUCCUUAAAGCAGCGCCUUCAGGUCAUGAUCCAACCCAGUGAAGACAUAGUUCGUCCUGAAAAUGGGCCGGAGCAGCCCCAGACAAGCAAUUCAGCCAACAAAGAAGCUUACAUCUAGCAGGUUGCCUGUGGCAGCAAGACCAAGAGGAUGCUGGAGAAAACUAUCACUCAAUCCAACCUGGUUGAACAUGACCACAAAUUGAUGUCUGAAGAUACUAUCGAUCAACCUACCUCUAGUGGCAAAAAAAACAAAACAAAAACAAACAAAAAAAGACCAUCACCACUCAAAGGGAAGUGUGUGGGGACUGUCAGUGGGCUCCAGUGGGUGGAAAUGUCUGGCGGCUUUCCAGCAAACCACAGACUGUUAAUGUUUUUAAUCCUUUCUCAAUAAGAAUUGAAUUAUUGUGGAAUUUGUAAUUAACAAAUAGGGCAUUUUUAUCCCAUCUUGUGGCACAACCAACGCUUUGAGGUUCCGUGCUAUGGAUUUUUUCAUCCUUUUCGUGACCUAUUUCUUACCCAAGACUGUUAUCUCUGACUUUGCAGGAGUUCAAUUCCAUUUGAAAGCUGUUUUGUACGUGUGAAUACAGUAUUUUGUAUGCUGAAGAUUUCCAGGGAAAGCUUGCCCUUAAGGUGUCCAUAACCGGCUCUGCUCUUUGGUUAUUUCUUUCAUUCUUCGCUCUUUUGAGGCAGCUUAAGCAGAAUGACGUUAGGAAAGUCGGUUUCUUAGAGCCCAGGCCUAAUCCUUCCCAGGAGCUGUUUGCAGCAAAACUUUCCAUCCCCAAAAGGAAACUGCCAAUCAGGCUUUUCUAGUGAUCAGCCUGCUCCUCUCUUACUUACUUGCCCAUAUGGGUGCAGGAAACACACAAAAAAAAUUUCCAAUCAUUCCAGGGGCAAAAUGUCCCAUUGCUGAAAGUCAGCAGACGUGGUGCCAUCAUGUGUUGGUCCUAAGAUGCCCAACUCAAAGUACAAAACAGCUACAGAUUUAGCUAAGUUAAAAGGGUCCAUCCAAGGCUCAGCACUGACCUAUUUGCCCAUUCAUUUCUUCCUUCCCCCUCACCCUUCAUCCUACCCAAAGCCUUAGCAUCUUCCCAUCAUUCUUGAGUUCUAUAUAGUAAAGGGCUUUCCUCCAUCCCCUCCCUGCUGAUGCCAGUCCAGUGUCCAGGGCCCUAACAAAGUCGUCAAUGUUUUGCCAGGCACCCCAA